UGAAAGUUCAGCGGUUCAAAAGAUGGACGACAUGGUUUAUCAGUGCAACAAUCAAAACUCCAUUUACGUGCUCAAUGCCGGUUACAAUCCAUCAUAUGGCGACUUUGGCAUACAUGCGACGACAGCAACUGGGCGUGAAAUGAAUGACAGGACAACAAGGACAACAAGGAAUUCAAUUGGCGCAAGUUGCUCGAGUGCCGCCUGCAGUUUGCAGCAUAAAUUCAAAAGUUUUGGCAAUGGCAACUCGUCAGUGGUGGCCGCAACCACCACAAUAAUCGCAGCAGCAACAACAACAGCAACAAUUGCAACUGCAACUGCAACAGCAACAACAAACUACAUAAAUCCGGUCGCUACAUCAAUGUCAACCGCAAUGUGUUCACCGGCAACGGCAGCGUUGCAGAAAUUGUUCAAUUGCAGCGUCGUCGGCGUCAGUGGUGGCAACAACUGCCAAAAUGUCAGCCACAGAAAUCAGCAGCAGUGGCACAACAACAGCAGCAACAACAAUAUCCCAGUCGGAAGCCAUAACAAUAGCUGCCUGUCAGCGACAUCUUCGCACAGUCGCAUUUGUGAUCCGCAAGAGACUUUAACGGCAACGGGAACGGGAACGGGAACGGCAACGACAACGGGAGCCAUAACGGUUGGAGUCGCAGGAGCUGUAGGAGCAGGUGCACUACCUCUUCUUGGUGCCGUGGCCAACAGGCAAAAAUGCACCAAUGUCAAAUCAACGCUUAUUGCCAAGAAGACAAAGUUUCUGAAAUUUCUCGAAGAAGAAAAAUGGCGCAGCAGCAACAACAUCAACACUGAGCAUGCGAAUGCGGAUGCGGAUGCGAAUGCCCUUUUGCCCAGCAGCAAUGAGGCGGAUCUUUACACAGCCAUCGCGCAGUCCACAACAACAUCGGCGGUUCACUCGGGCGGUAAGAAUAACAACAACAAUAAUAACAACAGUCAAGAGGCAGCUGGAGCGGAGCAACAACAGCAAAAUAAAUUGAACAAUUGGAGCAUGCAUAAUGACAACAACAACAAGUUGGCCAACUACACACAACAACAACUACAACAACGAGGAGAACAGCAGCAGCAGCAGCAGCUGGAGAGGAAUAAAGAGGCGACAACAAGGUCGAGCUAUGAGUUAUACCAGGAGGCAGCCGACAUUUUAGGACUGAGCUGCAGUCUCUGUGAUAAUUGCCGUUGCUUGGACUGUCAGAGUGGCUACUUUGAUUGCGCCGAUGAUGAUGAUGAAAGCUACUCGGAACAAUCACUGAUGGAUGAGUAUGAUGAAUACGAGUACUCGUACAAUGGAUAUGGCUACGAACAGGAGGUACAGCAGCAACAGGAGGAGGCGUCACUCUUGACAACUGCUCAUCAUGCUGGCCAUAAUCAAGCAGCCAUGACACAACCAACAGGCCAACAGGCAACAGACCUGAACCUUUGUUAUGCACUUGAUUGCAAUAGCAAAAGUGAUGAUGAUAAUGAUGAAAACGAUGAUGAUAAAGUUGAUGAGGGGCAACCAAAGCAGGCAACACUUCAAACGGUGUCCGCAUCCAAGUCUGAACAUCGUCUGGCCAUUGAUUUUGAUUUAAUUAAUGCAACCAGCAGUCAAGUCCUGCAGAAUUGUCGGACUUUCAACGAUUUAAGUUUGCUCGAUGUCGAACAGCAAGUGGAGCCAUUUACGUAAAUAUAUAGUAUUUAACAGAUGAUGGGGAAAAUCAACUGAAUAAUUCAAGGUAAAUAACACGUCAACAAACUGCAGCUAAUUAAACUUAAAUUGAAUAAAGCAUGUUAAUUGUAUGUGACACCCACACAAACAGUGUGUGCAAACAGUAAACGCACACGCUAUUCUAUUGUAUACAUUUCAUUUCAAUUCAAUUUUAAUUAAAUUGCAAACCGCCAAAGGCAAACUGUCAGUUAAAGAAGCAGCUUAACAAUAAAUCUAUAGAUAUGUGUAUGCAGAAAU